AUGCGAAAGCUUACACCUCGGUUUAUAGGACCUUACCAAAUUCUCAAACGUGUCGGUAACGUAGCAUAUCAGAUUGCGUUGCCUCCGUCUCUUUCUAAUCUCCAUAGUGUCUUUCAUGUGUCUCAACUUCGUAAGUACAUUUUUGAUCCCUCACACGUGAUUGAGUCAGACAAGGUCCAAAUAAAAGAGAAUCUAACUUUUGAGACCUUACCGCUACAGAUUGAGGACCGAAAGGACAAGGAAUUAAGGGGAAAGACGAUUCCAUUGGUUAAGGUUGUCUGGGGAGGUGCUACUGGUGAAAGUGCUACGUGGGAGGUCGAAAGCCAGAUGCGCGAUUCUUAUCCAGAACUAGGAGUGGCAUGUCCCGAAGGUCAGAAAGUGCAUCUUGGUACCUUUAUGUUGACGGAAGAAGCUGAACAUUGGUGGGAUAAUGCACGCCAACGUUUAGAGAAUGCAGGGACUGCAAUUACUUGGGCUAUAUUCAAGAACAUGUUUCUAAUUAAGUAUUUCCCUGAAGAUAUCCGUAAUAGAAAGGAGAUGGAAUUUGUUAAAUUGGAACAGGGGAAUAUGUCAGUAGCGGAGUAUGCUGCUAAGUUCAAGGAAUUAUCCAGGUAUUAUCCACUCUAUGUUGGAGAAGCAGGAGAAAAGUCUAAGUGCAUCAAGUUUGAAAUGGGACUUAGGCCAGAGAUCAAGAAACAGGUUGGAAUGCAAGAGAUCCGCGACUUUUCUACCCUAGUGAAUAAGAGUACUGGACCCAUAUCCAUGGCACCGUAUAGGAUGUCUCCCUUAGAAUUGUCUGAGCUUAAGAAACAAUUGGAAGAGCUUUUAGAUAAACAAUUUAUAAGGCCUAGUGUUUCACCAUGGGGUGCACCUGUGUUGUUGGUUAAGAAGAAGGAUGGCUCUAUGAGGUUAUGCGUAGAUUACUGUCGACUUAAUAAAGUGACAAUCAAGAAUAAGUACCCGCGACCUAGGAUCGAUGACCUUAUGGAUCAAUUAAGAGGAUCAUGUGUGUUUAGUAAGAUCGAUCUGAGGUCGGGUUACCAUCAGAUCCGCGUGAAACCUUCUGAUACUCCUAAGACCGCCUUUAGGACCCGUUAUGGCCAUUACGAGUAUUUGGUUAUGCCUUUUGGUGUUACUAAUGCACCAGCAGUGUUUAUGGAUUACAUGAAUCGGAUCUUUCAUCCUUACCUCGACUCUUUUGUGGUUGUGUUUAUAGAUGAUAUCUUAGUGUACUCUAAGACUAAGGAAGAACAUGGUGAACAUCUAAGGAUAGUCUUGAAAACCCUUAAGGAGAAACAAUUAUUUGCCAAGUUGUCUAAGUGUGAGUUUUGGUUAGAGGAAGUAAGUUUCCUAGGACAUAUAAUUUCAAAAGGUGGAAUAGCUGUUGAUCCUACCAAAGUGGAGAGUGUCUUAGAAUGGAAAGCACCUAAAUCAGUGACUGAGAUUAGGAGUUUCCUAGGAUUGGCAGGUUAUUAUCGUAGGUUCAUAGAAGGAUUCUCCAGGUUGGCCUUACCUUUGACUAAGUUGACCCGUAAAGGGGAAUUGUUCGUGUGGGAUACUCAUUGUGAGAAUAGUUUCCAAGAGCUUAAGAAACGAUUGACCUCUGCACCAAUCUUAGUAUUACCUGACCUGAGUGAACCUUUUGUAGUAUAUUGUGAUGCGUGUGGUUCCGGAUUAGGUGGAGUACUUAUGCAGGAUGGAAAGGUAGUAGCAUAUGCUUCUAGGCAACUGAAGAUUCAUGAGAGAAACUACCCUACCCAUGACCUAGAACUAGCAGCAGUUGUCUUUGUACUUAAGAUGUGGAGACAUUAUUUAUAUGGAUCUAGAUUUGAGGUUUUUAGUGACCACAAGAGCCUUAAGUAUCUUUUUGAUCCAAAGGAGUUGAACAUGAGACAACAGGAGUUAAGAAAGAUGAUCUUAGAGGAAGGACAUAGGAGUUGUCUAAGUAUUCACCCUAGAGCCACAAAGAUGUAUAAGGACCUCAAGAAGAUAUUUUGGUGGCCUAAAAUGAAAAGAGAUGUUGCUGAAUUUGUGUAUGCUUGUUUGACUUGCCAAAAAUCUAAGGUAGAACAUCAAAAACCUUCAGGUUUGAUGCAACCUUUGAGCAUUCCUGAAUGGAAGUGGGAUAACAUCUCUAUGGACUUUGUUCCGAUAAAGAUAACUUAUUCUAUGGAAAGGUUAGCUGAAAUAUAUAUAAAGGAAAUUGUGAAGUUGCAUGGAAUCCCAUCAAGUAUAGUCUCGGACAGAGACCCUAGGUUUACCUCUAAGUUUUGGCAAGGUUUACAAAGCGCUUUAGGUACGAACCUUAGGAUGAGUUCAGCAUAUCACCCACAGACAGAUGGUCAAACUGAGCGAACCAAUCAAUCCCUAGAAGACUUGUUGAGAGCUUGUGUGUUGGAACAAAAUGGAAGUUGGGAUAGCUUUUUGCCACUUAUAGAAUUUACCCAUAACAAUAGUUUCCACUCUAGCAUUGGAAUGGCCCCUUUUGAGGCGUUGUAUGGGAGAAGGUGUAGGACCCCUCUGUGUUGGUUUGAGACGGGUGAUAACCUUGUGUUAGGACCCGAGAUUGUUCAGCAGACUACUGACAAAGUAAAAAUGAUUCAGGAAAAGAUGAGAGCAUCUCAGAGUAGGCAAAAGAGUUACCAUGAUAAAAGAAGGAAAAACCUCAAAUUUCAAGAAGGUGAUCAUGUAUUUAUGAGAGUUACUCCAACAAUUGGGGUUGGUCGGGCAUUAAAAAUGCGAAAGCUUACCAAGAAGCACAACUCAUUUGUAUUUUUCGGUGAAGUUGAUGUUUGA